AUGCUACGAAGAGCAGCAAGCAAUGCAUACUCAUGGUGGUGGGCAAGCCACGUUCGAACCAAACAAUCCAAAUGGCUCGAAGAAAACCUUCAAGAUAUCGAGGAGAAAGUGCAAUACGCACUUAAGCUUCUGGAAGAUGAAGGUGAAUCAUUUGCUAAGCGUGCUGAAAUGUAUUACAAGAGAAGGCCUGAAUUGAUAAGUUUUGUGGAAGAAUCUUUCAAGGCUUAUCGUGCUUUAGCAGAACGGUAUGAUCAUAUCUCUAAGGAGCUUCAAAACGCUAACACAACAAUAGCAUCUGUUUUCCCUGACCAAGUCCCUGAGUUUGCAAUGAACGAAGACGACGAUGCAGCUCCUGUUUCACUCAAGACUCACGCAGAGACGUCGUCAAAUCAGAAUAUUCCAAAGGUUCCUGAAUUGCCUUUAAAAGACUCUCAGGCCACAAAGAUGUUCAAGUCGAGGAAAUGUAUCAAAGGACAUGAUGCCUCGUCCGUUGUUGUAAAGAAGUCCGGUCUGAGUAAAACCGAGGGGGUGGAAGAGAUUGAUAAGUUGCAAAAAGAGAUUCUUGUGUUGCAGACCGAGAAAGAGUUUGUGAAGAGUUCUUAUGAGAAUGGACUUGCAAAAUAUUGGGAGAUUGAGAAUUGUAUCAUGGAGAAACAAGGAAGGGUAUGUAAUUUGCAAGACGAGUUUGAUGAAGGUGUUCUCAUAGAAGACGGAGAAGCUCAGGUUUUGAUGUCCACCACAGCUCUCAAAUCAUGCCAAGAGAAAUUGACAGAGCUGAGAGAUAAACAGAAGAAGAAUGUAAGAGAAACAGAGGUUACAAGAAAACAGGUCAGCGAAUCAACAGAGGAAUUUGGUAAUCUUUCUGAUGCAUUGCUUGGUGAUGGAAGGAUAAACCAGAGAAAUGGAGAAACGAAAAAGGAAGAGUUUAAAUCAUCAGAGGAGAAGGUAAAUGAAGAGUUUGACUCUGAAGUUGCUAGCUCAUGUCUUACCGUAACAGAUGUGGCUGAUAAAAUCGAUGAGCUUGUGAAUGAUGUGAUCAAUUUGGAGAGCUUGUUCUCAUCUCAAGUAGCUUUGAUACAUAGACUACGAGAAGAAGUCGAUGAUCUCAAAGCACAGAUUAGAGAUCUGCAAAGACAAAAUAACUCAUCUCAAACUGAUGAAAAUACUGUGAUGAGAAAGAAGACGGGAGAUAUGGAUGAAAAGCUGAAGGGUAUUAAGGAUAUAGACCAUACAGUUGAAGAACAGAGUGAGAACAUUGAAAAAAAUCUUACACGAGCACAGAUAAAACUAAGUUUCUUGUCUGAGAGAUUAGAAAGCUUGAAGCAAAAAGGGCAAGAAGAAUUCAAGGAUACUAACGUGCCUAUUCAAGAAACAAGAUCUUUGACUGAUACAAAAUUUCUAGAGGAAAAUCCUGAUGAUUCAUCAGUUGUAUCUGAAAAUGUUAAACCAACAUCUGAAGUGGUUAUUUCUGAAAAAGAUGAUCAUACAGUUGAAGUUAAUCAAGAAGAAACUAUAGAGAAGGAAGCUUCAUCACCACCAAAAUCAGAGGUUAAAACUGAAGAUGAAGCAUUCUUGCAACAGUUUCUUGCACAUGGGAUUGAAGGUAGAGAGAAGCAUUUGUUAACCGAAUACACCAAAGUACUUCGGAACUACAAGGAACUAAAGAAGAUGUCAGAUGAAACGGAAACAAAACUGAAGAGUGAAAACACCAUGAAAGAUGAACAAGUUAGAGUCUUAACCCAAAAACUCAACCUCUUGCUUAAAGAUAAAAGUGAUGGUGAUGAUCUGCAAGAACUUAAAGCAAAGGAUCACCAGCAACAAGACCAAUUAUAUAUGCUAAUUUACAGAGAAGAUAAUGCGAUAAACGCGAUAGCUGGUCAAAAGCAGAUGUUGUCACCAAAUGAAAAGCAAUUCGGAGCACGAGUUGAUGCACUACUAAGCGAGAAUUUGAAUUUGAUGGUGAGGUUUAGCAACUCGUUUGGACAGAUACAACAGUUUGAUACUGGGAUUAAGGACUUGCAUGUUGAGCUAUUGAAGAUCAUAGAACAAAAGAAUCAAGAUAAGCAAUCUCUCAUGUCAAAUGUUCGUCCCAUUUACAAACACCUCAGCGAGAUCCGCACUGAACUAACCAUCUGGCUGGAGAAAAGCUUGCUGCUAAAAGAGGAAAUCAACUUAAGAGCUUCAACGCUAAAGGACAUACAAAAUGAGAUAACAGAAGCUUCCAAAACAGAUUCUGAAGACUCGGAAACCAAGCUUACGAUCUACCAAGGAGCUAAACUUGAAGGAGAGGUUUCAAAUAUGAAAAAGGAGAACAAGAGGAUAUCAGAAGAGUUGCAAACAGGUUUAGAUCAAGUUACAAAACUGCAGAAGGAAGCUGAUAAGACACUUGAGAAACUGAGUGAAGAGUUUUCACUUCCAGAAUCAAAGAAACAAUCUUGGCAAGAUAGCAAAACUCGUAUUCCUCUGAGGUCGUUUAUCUUUGAUAUAAAACCAAAGAAACAAAGACUAUCUCUUUUCUCUUGUAUCCAACCUUCAUUGUAUAAGAAGAUGAAGCCUGAUUCAUAG